AGUUGAUAGUAAUUAUGUUUUACUUAUGGUGUUAUAUCUUUUAUUGUGCUUUCUGUAUUUGUAAUUUAUAGCUUAAAUAAUUGGCUCUUGUAGACUAGGUCUGGCAUACGUGAAUUCCAAACGCGAGUCGGUAAAAGAGAACAUCAUACCCCUGCUUAUUGAUGCAUUGUUCGUUCAAGGCACCCCAGCAGAGGUUCUUGGUGUAAUUGCACUGUCCUUGGGGCUUAUUUGCGUCGGCAGUGGCAGCAGCGAGGUUUCCACUUCGAUAUGGCAGCUGCUGCUCGAAAAAUCGGAGUCAGAAUUGAAGGACACAAACAUGCGAUUCUUGGCCCUGGGCAUCGCCCUCAUAUUUUUAGCAAAGCAAGAGGAGGCCGACGUAAUCAUCGAAAGUCUUAAAGCGUUGCCGGAACCUUUUGGGAGUAUGGCUGCGACGCUGGUGGAAGUGUGUGCGUACGCCGGAACGGGAAAUGUGCUUAAAAUCCAGCACCUUCUUCAAAUCUGCUCCGAACAUCGGACGGUGGAGAAAGACGAAAAAGAUAAAAAGAAGGACAAAAAGGAGGCUGAUAGCAACAAAAAUGAUGUCGGUCUUCAACAGGCGAUCGCCACGUUGGGUAUCGCUUUGAUAUCCAGCGGCGAAGAAAUCGGCUCCAGUAUGAGUUUCCGAUUGUUUGGGCAUUUGAUACGUUAUGGUGAACCGUGUGUGCGACGAGCAGUUCCUCUCGCCCUCGCACUGAUUUCGACCAGCAAUCCUCAGCUGAAUAUUCUUGAAAUGCUCAGCAAAUUUUCGCACGACGCUGAUCCAGAAACGGCUUACUGCUCGAUAUUCGCUCUUGGCCUGAUAGGCGCAGGAACGAAUAACGCUCGUCUUGGAGCAAUGCUGCGUCAGCUCGCGGCGUUCCAUCAACGGGAUUUGCUCUCCUUGAUGUUGGUUCGAAUAUCACAAGGUCUUGUGCAUUUGGGCAAAGGAACGAUGACUCUUAAUGCGUUCCACAGCGAUCGCCAGUUGAUGUCUCCUUCGGCAGUCGCCGGGCUUUUCGCCACCUGCUUCGCUUUCCUCGAUUGCAAGAACACGAUUCUCGCCAGGCAGCACUAUCUUCUGUACUGUUUGGUGCCCGCAAUUCAGCCGCGGAUGUUGAUCACCUUCAUUGCAACUGACGACGACAUGCACCAACUAAAGCAGGUUAACGCCACAGUCCGCGUUGGUCAGGCCGUUGACGUUGUUGGUCAGGCGGGUAAGCCAAAGUCAAUUACUGGCUUUCAGACAUACACAACUCCCGUGUUGCUGGCAUACGGUGAACGAGCUGAACUUGCUACGGAGGAAUGUAAGUGAAA